AUGGAUGAUGAAGAGACGAAGCGGAGUGAUUUGAAGAGGUUUUUGACUUCUAGAGGAAUAGUGAAAGAAGAAGAGUUUUUAAAAUUCGACUUUAAGGUCACCAACUUAAACUCUCUACGAUUUGAAGGUACACCUCGCGAGUUAAUCACUGCAUCUUCAAUAUACAAAGCCACGACUCAAACGGGCCUUGAUAUUUUAAAGGAGACUUUAGCGAGCAGACUCGCAGAGGCAAAGACUUACGAAUGUGUGACAAGCAAUGCGCGAGAUUCGCUCUUUAUAGAUGAUGUUCAGAACCAAGGGUCUGCUAAAGAACCCGUAUGGGCUGACAACGGUAUAACCUGCGAUCCUGCGAGCCUCCUUCUGCCGCCAUGGGAACGGCUCAAGGUUGAAAAGCUGAAGCCAUUACGCAAUUAUUUGUGGAUCGUUGACAAACCCUAUCGAAAAGCUUAUAACAAUUGCGUGUCUUGUGUUUUCAAGAAUUUUCUUUUUAUUGCGAAUAACGCUAAAGUCCAGAUUUCCGACCUUGAUUCGGUCGUAACCGAUGUCGGGGGAGUCCCUAUAAAGCGCUGUUUGGACGUUGUGACGUCUUUUGAGCUGUACUGUGCAGACGAAGGUCCUAAAAAUGAGAGGAUAAGAACAACGACGGAAUUUAGAUGUCAAAUUCAUUUCAUGAAGAUCGCGAAAUUUUAUGAGCGAGAUGUUCUUUGUCUCUGUACACUCUCAGGUUUGGUGCUUAUCUUUUUCAUUGACGAACUAAUCAAAACCAUGAAUAUUACCACUUCCACCGCAGUUCUGGAUGAGGCGGAAAUUUUUGAGCUUAAAAUCAAACCUUUUCUGAUUCUUAGUGUUCCUGAGAGUUGCUGGGCUAUUGACAUAUAUGACAUUGGUGACGUGAAGUUCAUCGCACUGGGACACAACGGUCCUGGGGUGACUGUUUUUGCACACCGAAAUACUCUCAAGACAAUGGUAGCAUGCGAAAUUUUGAUCCAUCAUAAUGUCCCCGCCGUGAGCUUUGUCAAGAAAGAAACUCUCGAGCCUGGUCUCGUUUUUCUAUCUUAUGCGUCAAUUUUCGGUGAUGUUGGGACCUUAGAAAUCACCUUCCAAGAUCGUGGAGACGCAGAUUGCUCUCUAGCAUGGAAAUUAGUGGAUGUUGAAUAUCUUGCAGAGUGGUGCUGGACAAUCACUCCAUUAGAUAGAAGCGAUUUCCAAGCUGUUUCGAAUUUCGAGUAUCUGUCAAAUGAUUAUAAUCGAUCCCACAAGUCAAAUUAUCUUGAAAAAGCUUUCCAAGACAGUAUGAUGCUUAGGUCAUUACCAUCUCGACUAGCGCAGUCAAGUGGCCUAGGAAUCGGCGCAACCAUUGCUCAAGUUGCAGUACCUGUUUCAAAUUUACGGCUUACGAACGAGUACCCGUGCAAUGACGGGAACAUUGGAUUGAGAUUCACCACAUUCAAUUUACAUUCAUUUUCAAACGGUGGAAAUAGCCCAGAAAAAUUCUCAGCUGCUGCUGUUGUGGAUGCUUUACUACACUCUCCCGAAGAAAUCGAUUCGGACCACAGCCAAGUGAUUCGACUGAAAGGGGAGCAUAGAAUUGGCGAUUGUAAAGUGGCCCAUGGUAUCGAGACCGCUGAAAAGAAUUGGUCUCGGUAUCCCUUUGCCGAAGUGCUAUGUUGCGGAAGUAAUGACCGUCAAAAUUCUAUGAUGAGAAGUCUCAGAGAUCAUUUCAAAAUUGACACUGACCUGCAGUUUGCAGUGGAAAGAGGUAUUACGCCGGCAUUUGUUCAUUUUGAGGCGAUCGGGACGUCUAAACAUCAUGAUGUCGCAGUACCUGAAUUUUAUGCGGGUAUGGUACAUGACCAUCGGACUUAUGAGGAGAAUACUUGCGAAAAUGAGAUAGGCGAUUCCCAAGCCUCCGGUGUUUCAAGUGCUGAACCGCAGAGUGGUGAAGAAAUUAACGAACACGAAGCAUGUGAAACUGAUAAUAUAUUGUCAGCAGAUAAUGCUAGUCCUAGACCUUUUCAACGAGACGAGGGCCGCAGAAGCAUUGUCUCUCAAGAUGAUGACAUAGAUGAUAGUUCAUCUUCGACGGAAAAUGCUUCUUCAUUUACAUCUCCAGAUUUGAGCUCUUUUGCAUCUGACAGCCGUUCGGUGGAAGAGGCUAUCUUCGGAAACACAAGCUUGCCGAGUUUGGCUAUUGCCGCGCAAAAUUUUGACAUUGAUGUGAACACGCUUGAGCAUAUACAGCGAUUUUUCAGAUCGACCAGCUUUGGAACUCUCACUUCGCGGCUUGAUACUGCAGACGAUGAAACGUCAAGGUUUGCCUCACACAGGCCGGCUGGAUAUUUCCAGGAUUUAGCCUACAAAUCCAUGCGACUAUGGUCUCUUACUAACUACGUCGACAAAGUUUCCUCAUUAUCCCAAGCUGUUACCCCACAAUCUCGAUUCUCUGCCGGCGGGCCUCGAUUCGAACUGCCUCUGGCGAACGAGACCUUUUUCUUGGUGACGACAAGCACGAAGUUGUACCUUAUGCUAGGAAAUCCGCUUAUCGUUAAUGCGUAUACAGCCGAUGAGAUUUUCCCCAUACAGAAUGUAUCCUCAUGUGGUGCUUUAGACCCUCAGCUAAACAGGAUUUCGAUCGUAUGCCACAUUCGAGAACUGAAUUGCUUUGUUGUGGCUUCUCAGAUUGGUCUCAUUUCUCUGAUGCGCCUAACAACCUACAAAGGCAUUCACGCAUUCCGACAGGAAUAUAUUCUUGGAUGGGAGUCACAAGUGCCGGGGCAACCCGACUCGAGAUGCAUGAGGGCGUACACAAGCGAUGAUGGCAUUUAUCCCUGUCAUCUGGAUGACACGAUCUUUGAGAUGAACAACAUUACAGGGCUGGCCUACAAAUUCCAUCAAACAUCAUCUACAUCAUCUACACCGGACUAUGCAGUAUUAUACGUGACUCUUCGGAAGGACAUUUACCGGUUCAAAAUUUUCAGAGAAGCCGUCUGA